CCAUUCCCGGUCCAUUCGGAUUUCGUUUGAAAGAGUUAUCAUCCGUUCUGCACAUGCGGAGUGGCUCGGCGUCCCUCUAGGAAAAAUAGCAGAGGGGUAUGAUACCUCGAGCUUAUGGAAUCAUAAUCAGUUUGAGAGAAAAAAUUAUUUGGAUAAACAUGUUAGAGGAAGGAUUUACUACUAUUAUUCUACACACUUUGUCUACAAUGUUAUUUUUCUUAUUUACAAUAAAUUUGUUUCGAUACCUUAUAGGGGAGCCUCGUAUUCAUAUUAGAGAUGUUACCAAACAGCACAGUUGGAAAUCUAUUGGUAGAGGAGAAACAAAGUCAUAUUAUUGCAAUAUUUGUGAAAGUUUGCUAUUAAAUAUUAAUGGCUUGAUCUGCGAUUCAUGCGGCGUAUGCGCUGAUCCUACAUGUGUCAAGAUUGCGGAUAAACAAUUAAAGUGUAAAGUUAUUACUCUAAGUACAGAUAAACCAAUGAAACAUCAUUGGAUAAAGGGUAAUUUACCUCUGAUUGCAAUAUGUCAAGUAUGUAACGAGGAGUGUGACUUGGAACCUGGUUUAACAGAUUGGUGGUGUUGCUGGUGUCAAAGAUGUGUUCACGACACUUGCAAAGCUAAUCUUUCUGAAAUAUGUGAUUUUGGUAGAUUUAAAUUAAUGGUAAUACCGCCGAGCAGUUUGGAAGUGACCAAUCUACGAAGUACUGUUAGACGUAAAUUACGUAUUCGCUCGGUUAAACCACCAAAUUGGCCUCAUUGGAGACCUCUUAUAGUUGUUGCAAAUAAAAAGUCUGGAAACAAUGAUGGGGCGGAAAUUUUAUCUUUGUUCAGAAGAUUGAUAAAUCCUGCUCAGGUUGUUGAUUUAUCAGAACGCGAUCCGGUCGCUAUUCUCGAGUGGUGUCGUUUACUUGGAAAAGUAUCGUGUACUAUUCUUGUAGCAGGUGGAGAUGGAACAAUAGCUUGGUUUUUAACUUCUAUUCAUAAACUCGGAUUAGAGCCAGUUCCAUCUGUGGCAGUAAUUCCUCUGGGAACAGGAAAUGAUUUAUCAAGAGUAUUAGGAUGGGGAAAAGAACACGAUCCGAACAAGGACCCUGCGGAGAUCCUACAGGAAUUACAGGCAGCAAAACAAGUGGAGCUAGAUAGGUGGACUGUGACAGUGAAACCAUAUGGUGGAUUGGGACUGAGAAAUUCCCUUCAAACAUUCUACAUGUACAACUACAUAAGUGUAGGGGUUGAUGCACAAGUAACGUUAAAUUUUCAUCGUACAAGAGAAAGCCGUUUCUAUUUUUAUAGCAGUAGAUUGUUCAAUAAGCUAUUGUACUUGUGUUUUGGUACUCAACAAGUAGUGGAAAGAGAAUGUAAGGAUCUUGAUAAAACUAUAGAAAUAUAUCUGGAUGGGAAGAAAAUAGAAUUGCCUUCUAUUGAAAGUAUCGUAAUAUUAAAUAUUCCGUCAUGGGCUGCUGGUGUUAACCUUUGGAACAUAGGAUUAGAAGGUAUCAGAUGUACAGUACCGAGCACGGUCACGAAGAAUAUGGAGUACAAAGUAUUAACGAUGGAAAGCUAGAAGUAGUUGCUCUUUACUCUUCCUUUCAUAUGGCUCAACUUCAGGUAGGGCUUUCUCAGCCUUAUCGACUUGGACAAGCGAGUUCCAUAAAGGUAAAAUUACUAAAGUCUUGUGCUAUGCAAAUUGAUGGUGAACCAUGGUUUCAACAUCCUUGCGAAUUUAACAUUACAUAUUGCAACAAAGCACUUAUGUUGAUGAAUACACUGAACAGGGAUACUUAAAUUAUUUAUU